UGGGUGUGCAAGGCUGUCUUAUAGACUAGUAUCUACUUUCCUCAUGUAUUUUAAACUUGUAUUGGUUUCUGUUGCUCUCAUGUGUGUAGGCGUUGGAGGUUUUACCUUAGAUUUUACUUCACGCAGAUGUUAUACUUGCUAUGGUAAUUCAAAAGACAACAGUGAAGAGUUUAACAAAUGCCGUAACUUUGCUAUUAACCAGGCUCAAAUUUGUACACCUGGUGGAUAUUGCAUGACUACCAUGGGAGGUAUAUAUAGAAGCGACGGGUCCUUAGGCGGGGCUUUUGCGUCAAGAUUUUGUAGUAACCAUAGGUGCCUGGAUGAAUUUGUCAGGGCUGCGAGAGCUAACAUAUCCUUAACUUCGUGUACGUCCUGCCCAACCGAUUAUUGCAAUAUUGAUAGAUUUUGAUAAAUCAGAGUCUAUAUAAGGCCUGUGAAAUUUUUUUGCAUAGAUAUCACUAUUUAUGUUAUUGUUCUUUAAUUUUUUUGUUAUGUUUUCUUCUAAACUACAAAAUGAAAUAGUUACGUUGUAAUAUACGUAUUUACAUCAACAACCACUUCUCAAAGAUCCACAGACACUGAUGUCAAGAUCGCCAUAACCAGAAAACAUCAUCUACUAAGUGCUGGAUUUUUUGCGAAAAGAUGUCUUCAC